GCAGCUGCUGCCAAGCCUAGCCCAGCCCAGCCUCCACGCACCCUCUCUCUCUCUCUCUCUUUCUCUCUCUCAAGCACACACACGCUCACUGGUAGUUGUGGUGGUGGUGGAGAGAUCCACGGGACAACAAAGACGGUCUGCGCUGUUCUGCGUAAACUGCAGUUUCUGAUCGCCAUCAGGGAAGAGAAAAAAGUCCCGAGUCUACACUACACUGGCUACUGUUUACUGAAAGCCAUUCUUCAGUUCUCUUGGGGGGGAAAUACACGCAGCAAGACUGGAGGUGACAGAAUCCUUAGUGAACCUCUUAGAUAGUAGAGCCGUUCUUGUGACCUUUGGCAGCGCGAUGGAGCUUGAGCAUUUCGACGAGCGGGAUAAGGCGAGGCGAAACAGCCGAGGGGACAGGCUGAACGGGGUGACUAGCCCAGCACACAGCGCCCACUGCAGUCUCUACCACACCCGUACCCUCAAGACCCUCAGCUCGGAGAAGAAGGCCAAGAAGGUCCGCUUCUACCGCAACGGGGACCGUUACUUUAACGGGAUUGUGUACGCCAUCUCCGCGGACCGGUUCCGGUCUUUUGAUGCUCUGCUGGCGGACCUGACCCGUUCCCUGUCUGAUAAUGUGAACCUGCCCCAGGGUGUACGGAUCAUCUACUCAGUGGAUGGAACCAAAAAGAUCACCAGCACUGAUCAACUGGUGGAGGGCGAGAGCUACGUGUGUGGCUCCAUCGAGGUCUUCAAGAAGCUCGACUACACCAAGAACGUCAACCCCAACUGGUCUGUGAACGUCAAAGCUUCGUCUGCGGCGGCCGCCCGUGGGCCUCCAUCCCUGGGCUGCUCCAAGGCCGGACCUCCAGACACCCGGGACCAAGCGGUGAAGGAUUUCAUCCGUCCCAAGCUGGUGACGGUGGUGCGGAGCGGGGUGAAGCCCAGGAAGGCUGUACGAAUCCUUCUCAAUAAGAAGACGGCCCAUUCAUACGAACAGGUCCUGACCGACAUCACGGAGGCCAUCAAACUGGACUCUGGAGUGGUGAAGAGGAUCUAUACACUGGAGGGGAAACAGGUGACAUGUCUCCAGGACUUCUUCGGUGACGAGGACAUCUUCGUGGCGUGUGGACCGGAGAAAUACCGUUACCAAGAUGACUUCCAGCUGGAGGAGAAUGAGUGUCGUGUGAUGAAGUCAAUGGCCUAUGGUAAAAUGUCCUCCCCUCUGACCAACCGGGGUUCUCCUCGCUCUGUUGGCCUGUCCAAACGCAGAAAGUCCCCCGCAGGCUCCGUGAAUGGGAAUCCGACCAGUCAGCUGUCCACUCCUGGCUCGGGGAAAUCACAAAGCCCCUCCCCUUCCGGCCCUGCUUCAGACCUCAGACCACGCAGGGAAAACAACAAGGCCCAGUCUACAGCCUAGAGUCACUAGAGAAUGGAGAAACUACAAGUCCCACAAUCCUUAGAGUUUCAGAAGGGUUCGACCCUUUGACCUGUAAACGCUGCUGCUUCAGGAAUUCUGGAAAUUCCCUGGCUCACGUUACAAUUCCGAUGAUAUUAGUUCCUUAAUGAUAUUUCCUUGACUGUUUCUUUCCGUGUUGAUGGUUUAUCAGUGAAGAUCUCCUGAUGGAGAGGUUUCUACCUUCGGUAGUGUGACACCUCACUCCUUACAUAGUGCAGUACUGUCAGUCACUUAUCUCCUUUAGAUACUUCCCGUAUAGCCUGAUAGUGACUGAAAGGUAGUGCACUAUUUAGGGAAUAGGGUGCCAUGUGUCAUCUAGCCACUGAUACUGUACUAGAAUGUGCUGUAACGGGAGCAUGCAACUCAAGUGGAAGAAUGACUGCGUCCACAAUUCGCAACCUUUUCCCUACAUAGGGAACUAUGUCUGGGUGCUAUUUUGGAUCCAGCCAAUGUGUUUCUCUAAGACAUGAGGGAAGACCUACUGUUAAAAGGCUGUGAUGCUGCGCUGUGGUAAUUCAGAUACUGAUGAGGUUUUAAUGCUGUCCUCAAUCCCAGGCCUACCUCUUUCACUGCAGCGCUUUCGUGUGUGUGUGUGUGUGUGUGUGUGUGUGUGUGUGUGUGUGUGUGUGUGUGUGUGUGUGUGUGUGUGUGUGUGUGUGUGUGUGUGUGUGUGUGUGUGUGUGUGUGUGUGUGUGUGUGUGUCUGACGUGCAGAGUUUGAUUGAUAUGGUCAGGCAUGACUAAUCGAUCGUGGAAUUUGGCCCUCAAGCCUUCUAAACAAUUAGUUGAUUAUUGAUUAGGAUGACCCACUCUCCUCUCCCCUCAUCCUCUUUCCUCCUUUCUUCUCUUCUCCUCUCCAGAGAAACACACACACAUAUGCUGUAGCAUGAAUGUAGAGCCCUAAACGCUGUCUCACAGCCCCAUUGACCUUUACUGAAUGUAGAGCUCUAAACGCUGUCUCACAGCCCCUCUGACCUUUACUGAAUGUAGAGCUCUAAACACUGUCUCACAGCCCCUCUGACCUUUACUGAAUGUAGAGCUCUAAACACUGUCUCAGAGCCCCUCUGACCUUUACUGAAUGUAGAGCCCUAAACGCUGUCUCACAGCCCCUCUGACCUUUACUGAAUGUAGAGCCCUAAACACUGUCGCACAGCCACACUGACCUUUACUGAAUGUAGAGCUCUAAACGCUGUCUCACAGCCCCACUGACCUUUACUGAAUGUAGAGCUCUAAACGCUGUCUCACAGCCCCUCUAACCUUUACUGAAUGUAGAGCUCUAAACGCUGUCUCACAGCCCCACUGACCUUUACUGAAUGUAGAGCCCUAAACACUGUCUCACAGCCCCUCUGACCUUUACUGAAUGUAGAGCCCUAAACGCUGUCUCACAGCCCCACUGACCUUUACUGAAUGUAGAGCCCUAAACGCUGUCUCACAGCCCCUCUGACCUUUACUGAAUGUAGAGCUCUAAACACUGUCUCUGAGCCCCUCUGACCUUUACUGAAUGUAGAGCCCUAAACGCUGUCUCACAGCCCCUCUGACCUUUACUGAAUGUAGAGCUCUAAACACUGUCUCACAGCCCCUCUAACCUUUACUGAAUGUAGAGCUCUAAACGCUGUCUCACAGCCCCUCUGACCUUUACUGAAUGUAGAGCUCUAAACACUGUCGCACAGCCACACUGACCUUUACUGAAUGUAGAGCCCUAAACACUGUCGCACAGCCACACUGACCUUUACUGAAUGUAGAGCUCUAAACGCUGUCUCACAGCCCCACUGACCUUUACUGAAUGUAGAGCUCUAAACGCUGUCUCACAGCCCCUCUAACCUUUACUGAAUGUAGAGCUCUAAACGCUGUCUCACAGCCCCACUGACCUUUACUGAAUGUAGAGCCCUAAACACUGUCUCACAGCCCCUCUGACCUUUACUGAAUGUAGAGCCCUAAACGCUGUCUCACAGCCCCACUGAACUUUACUGAAUGUAGAGCCCUAAACGCUGUCUCACAGCCCCUCUGACCUUUACUGAAUGUUCCAGCAGCUCUCUCUCUCUCUCUCUCUCUCUCUCUCUCUCUCUCUCUCUCUCUCUCUCUCUCUCUCUCUCUCUCUCUCUCUCUCUCUCUCUCUCUCUCUCUCACGCUGUGGUCAGUCAAUGAUCAGCCGACCAAGGAAUGACUGAGUAUCCUAUUGGAUAGUCAGUUAGGACUCCAUAGUACUUUUGUUCAAUGAGUAAAGAAUAUGAAUCCCCAUUGGUCAGCCAGUUAUCUUCCAGAGUCCCGUUGGUCAGCCAGUAUUUCCAGAUCAGUGCAGGUGAAGGAGAGAUAAACGAAAGGAGACAAGGAGAGAGGAAACCACUCUUGACUAUUGAGAUUCAGCCCACCGACUGUCUGUUCUACUUUUUCACUACUGAGUAACCUAGCAACCAGGACUCAUCAGACAAGCACUAGUGAGAGCAAGUUGCUACAACUAUUUGCAUCUCUCUGGGUGUUCUGAGUUGGCCUCAUAAUAUCACUUAUUCAACUGUUCAGGCUUAGUGAAAUCAGGAGAGUUGGAGUGUAUUUCUGGGCUGGAGAUUAUCAUUCAGCUGUCUUUGUGUUGCUGUGAUACCCUGUAAGCCUCGGGAGCAUAGCUGUGCUGAGGAAUGGAGGGUCACAGAUUAUUAUAGCCCACUUCUCUCUCUCUCUCUCUCUCUCUCUCUCUCUAGGCCCCCCUCUCUCCUCCCCUAACCUCUAUGCCCUC